AUGCCCCCUCGACGGAGCAGCCGUUCGGGCGCUCCACAAUCCCGACCCAACGCAAAGCGUUCCACGGGCCGGCCACCCGACGACGAAGAGACCUUCGACGUGCACUCGGUCGACGACAGCAGCGAUGACCACCCACCCCCUCGGCCACGCGCCGCUCCAGCCAAGGCAGCCCACGCUCGACCAUCCAAAGCAGCGCCAGCUGCGCGCUCCGGGACAAGGCGGCCACCGCCCCCCUCAAAUGCCGAGGUAGUCGACCUCUCGAUCAGCGACACCGCUAGCCAAGCCGGCUCCUCGGCAUCCGCUGCACCAAAACAUCCCGUCGAGGACCAGGACGACGAUGACGACGACGAGAUGACGAUGAUCGAGUUCGAAGACGUCGAUGUGCCGGCGCAACAUCAGCAGGACCACGACUCGGAUGAAGAGGCUGGACUCGAAAUGGAGGACGUCGACAUCGAUGUCGGACCGCAGCAGCCCGUGACUCCAUCGGCCGAGGAUGAGCUGCGCGACAUGUACGCCGCCGCCUACCAAGAGGCGCUGAACAGGGACGAAGGAGAUGGAAGCGGCUAUCCCGACGACGACGAUCCCGACGCGGGCGGCGACGAAGGGGCGCGGUUGCCCAUCUUCAAGGACGGCAAGGGACAGCACCGUGGCAUCGAGAUCUCGAUCGGCACCAGGGGCAAGAAGCAGGACGACAAGAGCGAGGCCGCCAAGAAACGCGCAGAGACGAUGCCCACCGCCCGCGAUCGCCAGAGCCGCAUCAACGCCCACAAGCUCUACGUGCUCAGCAUCCUCGCGUUUGCCCGCAUCCGCAACAAGUGGUGCAACGACGACAGCCUGCGCGACCAUCUGGCGCAGGCCGUGCCCGACUACAUGAUCACCAAGUUCAAGGCGAUCCACCCCAAAAAGGUGCCAGAGCAGCGCGAACGGGUCCGCAUGUUUGAGAGCUUCAUCACCGAGCUCGCAAAGUGGUGGGCCGGGCGCUUCCGGCUGGACCCGCGGAUGACGGCCAAGGCGGCGCUCCGCCAGCCAAACCAGGACAUUGCCACUGGCGUGCUCCCGCCGCCCGGAAGCAGGAUCGACGGCUGGAUCGUCGAGAGCGCCGCCGAUCGAGAGAAACGCCACCGCAAGGAGCGGCAGGAUCGCCUCAAGAAGGAGGCCGACGGCCAGGCUUCCAUCGCAUCCAGCAGCCGGAAGGGCAAGGGCAAGGCCGUCAACGGAUCCGUGCAGCCAUCUGCUGCAGGCAAGAGCGCGCACAAGCACAUGGAGAUCACCCUCUUUAUGCCGGGCACAGUCGUCCGGCCCGUAUUCCUGUACCUGCUCCCGCCCGCCGAGGCAAUCGGUUCGCCGGCAGACCUGCUAUCGAGGGCCGAGGCCCGUUCCGGCUCGAGGGAGACGAGCGCCCAGCUCUUUUGCGCGCUCUGUCGCUCGCUCGGCAUCCCCGCUCGCCUGGUCGUAAGCGUGCAGCCCAUGCCCUGGAGCGUCGGCGCGAGCAAGCUGGCCAACACUGCGGCGCCCGAGCCCAAGGCGAACAAGGGCAAGGCCAAGGCCAAGUCGAGGCUGCCAACGAAAACCGCGCGCUUCACCACCAAGCCGGACGACGAGCUCACGAGCGAUGACGAGGACUUUGACGGCAAUGACGCGCAGAGCAGCAGGUCGGCAAGGUCGACGCGGUCCACACCGCGCUCAAAGGGCUCGAGGGUCCUCACUGUCGAGUCGGACAGCAGCCUGUCGGACCUCAGCGGCGUUGAAGAAGUCGAGUCGCCCAAGAACAGAGCGGCCCGGGCGAAUCAGAGAGCUGAGCGGGACAACGAGAACCUGGCUCGCAAGGCUGUGAUGUCGGCCGUCAAAUCGCCAGGGAGUAGGCGAAGGGCUCAGUACGACGAAGGCAUCGACUCCGGCGCCACCUCGGAUCGAAGCGCCGCGAGCGGCACGAGCGCAGCAAGCUCGCCGAGUUCCCGUCAGGCAAAGGGCAGGGCAAAGGUCAAGGCGAAGAACAGCAGCAAGGGCGAUGGCGGCGGCAGCGAUGCGGGCGAGGAUGCGGAAGGGGCCGAUGGCGGAGGCGAUGGCGACUACCGCCCUGCCAAGUGGCGCAACCUGGACGCCCCCCUCAAGGUCGAGCCCAAGGCCAAGCUGCGGCGCAACAAGCCCAAAGCCCUCAAGCCGACCGAGCUGGCGCCUGAGGACGACAGCGACGUCGAGCCGGUCGACCUGCAGGCUCCGCCGACGGUCUGGGUUGAGGUUUUCAGCAAGCCGUUCCAGAAGUGGAUCACCGUUGACCCGGUGCGCUCCGUGGUGCGCGCCGCGGGCAGUCGCUGGAUGGAGCCGUCGCCGACCGACAAGCAAAACAAGCUGGUCUACGUCGUCGCCAUGGAGGAGGACGGCUACGCGCGCGAUGUGACGCCGCGGUACACCAACAAGCUCAACAGCCGGGUCGCCCGCCUCCGUCCUCCGACGCGAUCCAAGAACGAAGAUGACUGGUGGGCAAAGACGGCGCGGGCCAUCCACCGCCCGCAGCGCCUGGAUCGCGAUGCGAUGGAGGACAUCGAGCUCAAUGAAAGCGCCAGCCGCGAGGCGAUGCCGACCAGCGUGGCCGGGUACAAGGACCACCCGGUCUACUUUUUGGAAAAGCACCUCAAGCGCGACGAGGUCGUCUACCCGCGCAAUCGUAUCGCCACGUUCCAGGGCAUGGACGUGUUCCGGCGCUCCAACGUCCUCACGCUCCGCUCCUCGCGCCAGUGGUUCAACGAGGGUCGGGUGGUCAAGGACAACGAGGUGGCGCUCAAGUGGGUCAAGUCGAGGGGCUACACGCUGGCCAACAAGCGGGCCGAGGAGCAGGCCAAGGCCGAGGGUCGCGAAGCGCCCAACGAGGGCCUGUACGCCGAGUUCCAGACCGAGCUCUACGUGCCGCCGCCCAUCGUCGACGGCAAGAUCCCCACCAACUCGUUUGGCAACAUCGACCUCUUUGUGCCGUCGAUGCUGCCCAAGGGCGCGGCCCACAUUCCGUUUAGCGGCGUCGCCAAGAUCGCCAAGAAGCUGGGCAUCAGCUAUGCCGAGGCCAUCACCGGCUUCGAGUUUCGCAAGCACCGCGGUAUGCCCAAGAUCACCGGCAUCGUCGUGCCCAUCGAGCACGAGCAGACGGUCCUGGAUGCAUAUUGGGAGCACGAGCACCUCGCAGCCGAGCGGGAAUCGACCAAGCGGCAGGAACGCGCCAUCAAGGCGUGGAAGAAGCUGCUCAACGGGCUGAGGAUCGCCAAGCGGGUCCGCGAGCAGUACGGCAACGGCUCCAAGGCGGUCAAAGGCUCGGCCGCGGGCACCUCUACCGCGCACGGUCACGGCGAUGCCGAAUUGUCGACUUGGCGCCGGGAUGAUGGGUCCGUCGGAGGCGACGGAGCCGGCGGCGGGUUCCUGCUUGACGAUGAAGAGGAGGAGGAGCAGGCGGAACGUCCGAGACUCUUGGCGCCCUCUGCGCCUUCGUCCGUCGAGCGUCGAGGGGGAGGCAUGGAAGAGAUGGAGGUCGACGCCGAAGAGAUCGCGACGACAUCCUCACCUCCGCCCCUCGCCACUGCGAUCGCCAUGCAGGCGGAAGCAGACGAGAUCGACGACGAAGAGCAAGAGGCUCCUCGACCACGGCGGACGGGUCCCAUCGUCUCGCACGAUUCCCUCAUCCAAGCCGAAUCCCGCGCCCCAUCCGCCACAUCCGCCCCUCCUCCUCCUCCGACGACGACGGCGAAGAAGCGCGGUCGACCCACCGCUGCUGCUGCUGCUGCCAAACCGCGCGGUAGACCCCGCAAGGCAUCAGCACAGAGAGGAACCAAACGAUCUCGACGCCAAGCCGCCGACGAUGACGACGACGAUGACGGGGAGGAGGAGGAAGAGGAAGACGCGCGGGGUCCACCUGCCAAGCAACGGGCGUCGACGACGGCGACGACACGUACGGGUACGAGGCGAUCAUCGAGACGCUCGGCCGUUGCCGCCACCUCGAAGCGGGGCGUCUAUACCGAACCGGCCAGCGACGACGACGACGACGACGAUGAAGAGUGA